AUGCGUGGUAUCGCAGAACCGACGCGGCCGCGUUCCAACUCGUCGCCAAACAGGAACACACCGCCCACUGCGACGAGACGAUCGUCGCUCGCCGUCGCCGUAUCCUCCGAAGUGGAUCGACUUCUCGAGAGCCUCUACCAUGUGCAAGAUGUCAACCGUCGUCUCGGCCUCAGCUCCGGCGGCCCGGCAUCGCCAUCCAUCGUUUGCAGUCCCAUGGCUGCAGAGCUACUUCACAACAAAAUUCUGGAUGAACUCGACAAUAUGGCGCUGUUCUCACAAUCUCGAGCCGAGUCGGUCGCUCACCAUCUCGGUGUUCGUACCUACGUUGCGCCGAGCCGAGCCGGGCAGAUUCCGGACUCGAGUCAAGAGACUACCCAAUGGAGCAGCAGUCUGCCUCCGCCCACCCUCUCUUCAGGUCAAACCGGUCAUCUGGUCUGGCCACCCCACGAAUCUCCCGAGAGGUCGUAUCCAUCCAUCAGGCGCCUCACUUUGGAAGAGCAGCCCCAUCGAAGUCUUGAGCAACGGCGUCAAAGCGUUGCGAUCGACCGCGAGUUUCGAGACGCGCGUGGCGACUUGCAUGCGGGAGGAAAUGGUGUCUACGCGCCGCCAAUGGUCCAUGCUGAUCCAUCGCUUGGAACCAGUUCGAGAGCCAUCUCGUUUGAGCAGUCACAUCCUGCUCCGCAUCGUCAGCAUCGUAGCCUCCACUUUGACCACGGACCGACGGAGCUGUCUCGCUUUGAGGCUAAGAGCAGGAUGAGCUACGAUCACGCAAUGCAUCCCAGUGCCUCUUUCGGUUCUAGCAGUGCGCUGCAACCCAUGCACUUAACUGAGAGUCGACAUCAGCAGCAGAUGGAUCUGCUAGAUCGCAGACGCCUGGCGGGCAAAGGCAUGAAGAGGGUCCGGAAGCGCAAGAACGAACACCACCAGGAAUGUCUCGGAUGCCACGCCAAGGAGACGCCCGAGUGGAGAAAGGGUCCCAUGGGUCCGCGGACGCUGUGCAAUGCGUGUGGCCUCCUGUACGCCAAGCUGACCAAGCGAAAGCAGCAGGAGGCUGAAGCGGCCGCCAGAGAAAGCGGCAAGUCCGCUGCGGAGAUUGUCAGAGAACGCGAAGAGUCGCCAGGAGCCAAGCAAGCGAGUCUGGAGGCGCUUCGAGCCGAGCUCAACCUGGCCAACGGCAUGCGCAAUCGGCCGACAUCCUCGUCAGCAACUAUGGGUAGUGCCGGAAUGCUCAACACUCCUCUUCCGGCCUUCGGAUACGGUCAAUCUACUCAAUUUGUCGAGGGCGUGCACAGCGAUGACGCGCCUGGUCAUCCCUGGCCCGCUCGGCAACCCGAAGACUUUCCACCUUUUGCUCACCAAGCCUCUGCUCGCCGGACGAUCAUGAUGAGUCCUCAUCGGUCCAACUCGCUAGGUCACGUUGGAAGCUUUGAUCAGCUCACUGGACGUUCGUCGGCAAGUGCUGCCGCGUCCUCAGUGGAGACUUAUACGCGCCCCGUGGCCACACGGCCAUAUACAGGGGGUGCAAGCCCUGCCCCGCGCCCUCUGCCGCUGGGGCAAGGUCGCCAACGAUCACAGACCUUGCAGUCGCCCACUGCACCUUCCUUCUACGGCCCGGGACAUGAUCGUUCGCUGUCGCCCAGCCCUAACACCUCUCAAACGUACGGUUCGUCCGCACGUGGCGUACAGCGACGACCUCAUCCGUAUUCAUAA